GAUUGUUUGAAAAAACUCCGUGCGUAGUGAUAUGUUCCCCGCGGGUAGGGCCAGCAUUACUCACCACGUGACGUCGGCAGCGCACGCGUACUGCGUCCGGCUCCGCUGGAGACACACGUUACUUUUAUCACGAAUCCUUCAUUUUUACUCCAAAUUCUGGCGUUUUCUGACCAAACAUAGAGAUGUCUUGGAUCCGGGAGGAGACACCGCCAGACGAGAACACGUGGAGUGAGCGGUUCCGUAAGUUCUGCGCCAACGUUCUGAAGACUGGCCCCAUCCCGAAACAUGUGGCCUUUAUCAUGGACGGAAACAGGAGGUUCGCUCGGAAGAAGGGCAUGGAUCGCGCAGAGGGACAUCUCAUGGGCUUCGAGAAGCUGGCAGAGACAUUAAAAUGGUGCCGAGAUCUGGGAAUCAACGAGGUGACUGUUUACGCCUUCAGCAUCGAGAACUUCAAACGCUCCAAGGAAGAGGUGGAGUCCCUCAUGGAGAUCGCCAGGCAGAAGUUCACAAGACUCUUACAGGAAAAAGAUGCUAUUAUGAAGCAUGGAGUGUGUAUCCGUGUGCUGGGGAACCUGACUCUGCUGCCGCUGGACAUUCAACGCUCCAUAGCGGAGGCCAUGGUCAUGUCUAAGGACAAUGACAAAGCGUUCCUGAACGUGUGCUUUGCGUACACCUCCCGACACGAGAUCAGCAAUGCAGUGGAGGAGAUGGCAGAAGGGGUGGAGAAGGGACUUAUCAGACCAAGCGAUGUUUCGGAGUCGUUGCUUGACCGCUGCCUGUACACCAGCCACUCCCCCGACCCCCAUCUGCUGGUCAGGACGUCCGGAGAGGUCCGACUCAGCGAUUUCCUCCUCUGGCAGAGUUCAUUCUCAGUGUUGUCCUUCAUGGAGGUCCUAUGGCCAGAGUUCUCCUUCUGGCACCUGUGUGCUGCAGUGCUGCACUACCAGAGGAACCACCAGGCAAUCAUGAGAGCGCGGGACCAACACAACCACGAGCGAGAACAGGCGCUACGACAGGCCGACUACGACAGCGUGGUCGCCGAGCUACAACAGGAGGACCCAGACAAAACCGACCAAUUAAAGUGGGCAAGCGUUCCCUCUCUCGUUCGUAAACAGGAGACAGAACGGGACCGGAGAGUUCAGGAGUUCCUUCAGCACUUAGACAGAAAACGUGCCAAAUUCCUGGAUAACCUUGUACAGAAAAGCGAGAUAAAAGUAUGUAGUUGAAAAAAAACAAAAACUUGU